UGCCGGUGCCCAGUGGGGUACGCAGCGUGCAGCGAGGGGGCCCCCGGGAGCUCGGAGUGUGCACAAGCUUGUUAAUCAGUGAUGUCCCAGAACUGACCACAUUCAUCACACCGCCUUAGAAACAGGGCAGAGCAUGGAGCCUCCCGCCUCAGCAUGCACCCUAUGGCCCAGCAAGGGGAAGCCAACAACAGAGUGCUAGCUGAUAGCUGCUCAACUUACUACCCGCUUGGCAUCAGUUUACAAACCACUACCCAUACAGAUAUGGAGUCAGGAGAGCGACUAACAUCAUCAUCAGCCUCCUCUACUACAGCUACUUCCUCUCCUGCAUCUUCUACACCUUCUGUAGCAUCAGCAGUUUCAAAAGCUGGCCUUUCCACUGGAGCUGCAUCACUUAGCUCCACAAUCAACACAUGCGGUACAGAAUGGUGGCGAACAGAUGUGCACACUCGUACAGGGGCUGCUUUUUUUCCACCUCUUCUGGGAAUUCCACCACUAUUUGCUCCUCCUGCCCAGAAUCAUGAUUCCAGUUCAUUCCAUUCAAGAACUACAGGAAAAAAUAGUCGAGGUGGUUUAGAAAAAGGUGUGAAUGGAUCAGUAAAUGGGAACAGUACAACAUCAGUAUCUGGGGUCAACACAUCCGUAUUGCUCACUACCACCGCAAGCUCUGCAGGACAAGCAAAGGCUAUAACCUCAGGAGCGGGAGGUCGCAAAUGUAACCAGGAACAAAACAAAAAACAGCUAUUGGAUACCAGAGCUGACAAAAUCAAAGAUAAGAAACCAAGAAAGAAAGCAGUAGAAAGCUCCAGCAAUAGUGAUAGUGAUUCAGGCUCCUCUUCGGACACCUCAAGUGAAGGCAUUAGUAGUAGUGACUCAGAUGAUCUAGAGGAAGAUGAGGAGGAGGAGGAGGAGGAGGAGGAAGAUCAAAGCAUUGAAGAAAGUGAAGAUGAUGAUUCUGAUUCAGAGAAUGAAGCACAACAUAAAAACAAGAACAAGGUGCUAAUGCAUAGUGGUGUAACAGACAUGAAAGCAGAUGGACAAAAAACACAUGAAAAGUCCCAGGAAAAGAGAACACACCAGCAGAUACCUCUUGUGUCUGAUUCCCAGACUCCCUCGUCAUUCCAAUCCCAGCAGAAGCAGCCUCAGGUUUUGUCACAGCAGCUUCCCUUUAUUUUCCAAAGCUCUCAGGCAAAGGAGGAAUCUGUGAACAAACACACAAGUGUAAUACAGUCUACGGGAUUGGUGCCCAGUGUGAAACCUUUGUCUUUGGUAAAUCAAGCCAAAAAGGAAACUUAUUUAAAACUUAUAGUUCCUUCUCCUGAUCUACUGAAACCAGGGAAUAAAAAUACCUCUGAAGAAUCUAGCCCUUUAAACAGUGAUGUAAGAUCAAAACGGGAACAGUAUAAACAGACAUUCCCAGCACAAUUAAAGAAACAAGAAUCCUCUAAGAACCUGAAGAAGAUUAUCACAGCUUUGUCAAGUCCAAAACCAACCUGUGGUUUACCAGCUCAUCAAAAACACACAUCUCAAGAAAACAACCAUUCUAAUCCAUUCUUAACAAAUGCACUUUUAAGUAAUCACCAACCCAAUGGAGUUAUUCAGAGUGUCAUCCAGGAAGCACCGCUGGCACUUACAACCAAAUCUAAAUCCCAGCCCAAGAUAAAUGAAAACAUAGCUACUUCUAGCAGUGCCCCCUUUUCUUCACUAGGAAAUGUAAGUACAUGUGGGAAAAAAACAUCUGGUAACCGGACACCUGUUAUGCCCUCUACCUCUCCGGUGUUACCUGGUCUGGGAAAGGAAAAAGCCGUCAGCAAUAAUGCAAUAACAGCAGUAAAAACACAGCACCGCCUUCAUUCUUCAAAAUCUUUAGUGGAACAAUUUAGAGGAACAGAUUCAGACAUUCCUAGUAGUAAAGACUCUGAUGACUCAAAUGAAGAGGAUGAUGAUGACGAUGAUGAUGAUGAUGAAGACGAUGAUGAAGAUGAAGAUGAUGAGGAUUCUGAUGAUAGUCAAUCAGAGUCUGACAGUAAUUCAGAGUCAGAUACAGAAGGGUCUGAAGAUGAUGAUGAGGAUGACAAAGAUCAAGAUGAAUCUGAUACCGAUACUGAGGGAGAGAAAACGCCACUGAAACUGAAUAAAACAUCUUCCUCUGUGAAAAGCUCUUCCAUCAGUCUCACAGCUCACUCUACACCACUUAAUCUCCAAGUAGUAAAGACUCCAAGCUCUGCUCCUGCUGCCUUAUGUCCUGAAUCCCAGUCACCAGUUUUUCUUGGGACGCCUUCUUCCACACUUACUCCAAGUACGCACUGUGGUACUUCAAAAAGGCGAAGAGUAACAGACGAACGAGAGUUGCGUAUUCCUUUAGAGUAUGGCUGGCAAAGAGAAACACGAAUAAGGAAUUUUGGUGGUCGCCUUCAAGGAGAAGUAGCAUAUUAUGCACCAUGUGGAAAGAAACUGAGACAGUAUCCUGAAGUAGUAAAGUAUCUCAGCAGAAAUGGAAUAAUGGAUAUUUCAAGGGACAAUUUCAGCUUCAGUGCAAAAAUAGGAGUGGGUGACUUCUAUGAAGCCAGAGAUGGACCGCAGGGUAUGCAGUGGUGUCUCCUGAAAGAAGAGGAAGUCAUUCCCCGUAUCAGAGCUAUGGAAGGUCGUAGAGGACGACCACCAAAUCCAGAUAGACAGCGUGCUAGAGAAGAAUCAAGAAUGAGGCGUCGCAAAGGCCGACCUCCAAAUGUUGGUAGCACUGAAUUUUUAGACAACACUGAUGCAAAGCUGUUAAGGAAAUUGCAAGCUCAAGAAAUAGCUAGGCAAGCAGCACAAAUAAAGCUUUUGAGAAAACUUCAGAAGCAGGAACAGGCUCGAGCUGCCAAAGAAGCAAAAAAACAGCAAGCUAUUAUGGCUGCUGAAGAAAAGCGGAAGCAAAAAGAACAGAUAAAGAUAAUGAAACAGCAGGAAAAAAUUAAGAGAAUUCAACAAAUCAGAAUGGAAAAAGAACUUCGGGCUCAGCAAAUUUUAGAGGCUAAAAAGAAAAAGAAGGAAGAAGCAGCAAAUGCCAAAUUAUUGGAGGCUGAGAAACGAAUAAAGGAAAAAGAGAUGCGAAGGCAGCAGGCUGUUCUUCUGAAACAUCAGGAGUUGGAGAGGCAUAGACUAGAUAUGGAACGAGAGAGGAGAAGACAGCAUAUGAUGCUUAUGAAAGCUAUGGAAGCACGUAAAAAAGCAGAAGAGAAAGAGCGGUUAAAGCAAGAGAAACGCGAUGAAAAAAGAUUAAAUAAAGAGCGUAAACUGGAACAGCGAAGAUUGGAAUUAGAAAUGGCUAAGGAGCUAAAGAAGCCUAAUGAAGAUAUGUGCUUAGCAGACCAGAAGCCUUUGCCAGAGUUGCCUCGCAUUCCAGGCCUUGUUCUCUCUGGAAGCACAUUUUCAGACUGUCUCAUGGUGGUGCAGUUCUUGCGCAACUUUGGUAAAGUUCUUGGCUUUGAUGUGAAUAUGGAUGUCCCUAAUCUAAGUGUUCUUCAGGAGGGCUUGUUAAACAUAGGGGACAGCAUGGGAGAAGUACAAGACUUACUUGUAAGGCUCCUCUCAGCUGCUGUUUGUGAUCCAGGACUAAUCACAGGAUACAAGGCCAAAACAACUCUUGGGGAACAUUUGUUGAAUGUUGGUGUCAACCGUGACAAUGUUUCUGAGAUUCUACAGAUUUUUAUGGAAGCUCACUGUGGGCAAACUGAGCUUACAGAAAGUCUAAAGACCAAAGCUUUCCAGGCACAUACUCCAGCUCAGAAAGCAUCGGUACUUGCUUUCCUUAUUAAUGAGUUAGCAUGCAGCAAAAGUGUAGUGAGUGAAAUUGAUAAGAACAUUGAUUAUAUGUCAAAUUUAAGAAGAGAUAAAUGGAUGGUUGAAGGCAAAUUGCGAAAGCUUAGAAUCAUUCAUGCCAAGAAAACCGGCAAGAGAGACACUACAGUGGGUGGUGAUAUAGGAGAAGAACAGCAUUCAUUGGGUACAUCUACUCCAGGCCGCAAACGGAGACGGAAGGGAGGAGACAGUGAUUAUGAUGAUGAUGAUGACGAUGAUAGUGAUGAUCAAGCAGAUGAGGAUGAUGAGGAUGAAGAGGACAAAGAUGACAAAAAGGGAAAGAAGGCAGAAGUUUGUGAAGAUGAGGAUGAUGGGGACCAGGCAGCAAGUGUUGAAGAGUUAGAGAAACAGAUUGAAAAACUCACCAAGCAACAAAGCCAAUACAGAAGGAAGUUAUUUGAAGCCUCUCACUCUUUACGGUCAAUGAUGUUUGGUCAGGAUCGUUACAGACGCCGGUAUUGGAUUCUACCCCAGUGUGGGGGUAUUUUUGUGGAAGGCAUGGAAAGUGGUGAAGGUCUAGAAGAAAUUGCAAAAGAAAAAGAGAAGUUAAAAAAAGCAGAAAGUAUACACAUCAAAGAAGAGAUGUUUGAGACCUCAGAGGAAAAAGUAAACUGUAUAAAUACAAGUCACUGUGAGCAGAAAGAAGAGCUUAAGGAAAAGGAUAACACUAAUUUGUUUCUACAGAAGCCUGGCUCUUUUUCAAAGCUAAGCAAACUGUUGGAGGUAGCAAAGAUGCCUCCUGAAUCUGACAUUAUGUCACAAAAACCCAAUGGCAGUGCAGCAAAUGGGUGCACAUUAUCUUAUCAAAAUAACUCUAAAAACUCUCUCUGCAGCCUUCAGCCCACCAUAUCACAAAGCAGCUCUGAAAAGUCAGAUUCCAAUAAUCUUUUUAAUCCCAUUGCAAGUGGGCCAGGGAAGUUUUACAAUUCUCCAUUAAUUCCAAAUGACCAGUUGUUAAAGACUCUUACAGAAAAGAGCAGACAGUGGUUCAGCCUUUUACCAAGAAUACCAUGUGAUGAUGCAUCAGUUACCCAUUCAGAUACACCAGCUGCUUCUUCUUCGCUAACUCUGCAUUCAAAUCCUCCCUCAAAAUCACCUUCACCAGUCCCAUCUCCUCAUAUCACUUCUACCUCUGUACAGAGUCCUAUGGGAAUAAGUCCUUUUGCAUUAUCAUCACUUCAGAUGAAGACUGGAUUACCUAUAAUGGGACUUCAAUUUUGUGGAUGGCCUACAGGAGUUCUUACUUCAAACCUUCCAUUCUCAUCUCCCUUACCUAGUGUUGGAUCAGGGUUAGGAUUGUCAGACGGAAAUGGUAAUUCAUUUUUGACGCCCAAUGUUCCUACAAGUAAAAGUGAAUCACCAGUACAACAAACUGAAAAAACAGCUUCUGCUCCCUCUACAGGAGUUGAAGUAGCCAAGCCAGUAGAUUAUCCUAGCCCAAAACCCAUACCAGAAGAAAUGCAAUUUGGCUGGUGGAGAAUUAUUGAUCCAGAGGACCUAAAAGCUUUGCUUAAAGUACUACAUCUCAGGGGAAUAAGAGAGAAGGCCUUACAGAAGCAAAUACAGAAACACAUGGAUUACAUUACUUUGGCCUGCAUCAAGAACAAAGAUGUUGCAAUUAUUGAAAUAAAUGAAAACGAGGAAAACCAGGUAACUCGAGACAUUGUGGAGAACUGGUCAGUAGAAGAGCAAGCAAUGGAGAUGGAUCUGGCUAUUCUUCACCAGGUGGAAGACCUAGAACGGAGAGUUGUAUCAGCUAGUUUGCAAGUUAAGGGCUGGAUGUGUCCCGAGCCUGCAUCGGAGAGGGAAGACCUGGUAUAUUAUGAACAUAAGUCAUUUACUAAAUUGUAUAAGAAGCAUGAUGGAGAAUGUGCUGGAGGAGAAGAAGGCAAUACCAGUGCUCUAGAGCGGAAGAGUGACAACCCUCUAGAUAUAGCUGUAACCAGGCUUGCUGACUUGGAGCGGAACAUAGAGCGAAGGUAUCUGAAGAGCCCCUUAAGUACCACCAUUCAGAUCAAACUGGAUAAUGUGGGCACAGUUACUGUCCCUGCUCCUGCACCAUCCAUUAGUGGUGAUGGUGACGGAAUUGAAGAGGAUAUUGCUCCAGGGCUAAGGGUAUGGAGAAGGGCAUUGUCAGAAGCUCGCAGUGCUGCACAGGUAGCGCUGUGCAUUCAGCAGUUACAGAAAUCAAUAGCAUGGGAAAAAUCUAUUAUGAAAGUUUACUGCCAGAUAUGUCGAAAGGGAGAUAAUGAGGAACUUCUGCUUCUUUGUGAUGGCUGUGACAAAGGCUGUCAUACAUACUGCCAUAGACCCAAGAUCACUACUAUACCAGAGGGUGACUGGUUUUGUCCUGCCUGCAUAGCAAAGGCAAGUGGUCAAACCCUAAAAAUAAAAAAACUUCAAAUCAAAGGGAAAAAAAGUAAUGAACAAAAGAGAGGCAGGAAAUUGUCUUUAACAGGAGAUACGGAGGAUGAAGACUCUGCAACUACAAGCAACUCUUUAAAAAGAGGAAAAACAGACUCCAAAAAAAGAAAAAUAGAUGAAAAUAUUUCUAACCAAUUAAAACAAGAAAGCUUCACGCCUACGAAAAAACCUAAAAGAGAUGAAUCCAAGGACCUGGCUAUAUGCAGCAUGAUCCUGUCUGAAUUGGAAACUCAUGAAGAUGCAUGGCCUUUUCUACUUCCUGUAAACUUGAAACUUGUUCCUGGUUAUAAGAAGGUUAUUAAAAAACCUAUGGACUUUUCCACCAUCAGAGAGAAGCUAAGCAGUGGACAGUACCCUAAUCUUGAAGCAUUUUCUCUAGACAUCAGGCUUGUUUUUGACAACUGUGAAACCUUUAAUGAAGAUGAUUCUGACAUAGGCAGGGCUGGCCACAACAUGAGGAAAUAUUUUGAAAAGAAAUGGACAGAAAUUUUCAAAGUGAGCUGA